CACGGUAUGAAAUCAAUAUUUAAAUCUCGCAAGGCCGCGUGAGAAAUUGUAGUCAUGGAAGUAAAACAAUCGGAUAUUGGUGAAAAUAAACGGGAUUUGGAACUAUCUUUAUUACGUAUCAUUGCCCUAUGGCUAGAAAAGAGCUAUUGAUAGGAUUGAUCUGUUCUACGCUUUUCUUGGUGUUUAUACUUCUCUCCCUGGUGGUGUACUGGCGUGCACUUAGAACAGCCCCAGUAGAACCAAAGUUUUGUUAUCUUGAUGAGGGUCUCAGCUCUGGCAACAGAAUUAUUGAUGCAAACAAACAGUAUUGCGGCAAAGCUAGCGAUGUAUUAAUAAGAAUAGUUGAAAAGAGGACAGCUGAAAAAUACAUUAACAACGCAAAUCCAGAAUAUCCUUCGUUCAACCGUGUAGCCUUUCAUUGCAAGAUUUCAGAGAAACAAGAAACUAUAAUGCAGCGUAAACAUAUUGGUUCGCAUGGGAAGCCAGUACCAUGUCAACCAACGAAAAUACUUUGGAAAACGAGCAUGAAUUCAGCGGGUGGACUAAGAUAUCUACAAAAGGAAGGGGCUAUUUCCAUACAGAAAUCUGGCAGAUACUACAUAUCCACACAACUGACUACAAGAAGGGAAAACGCAACUACCCACAGUGAUGACCAAACAGUGAAACAUCUGGUAUAUCGCAUCUCUGCAAAUGAAGAGACAGAACACAUUCUCCUUGAAAACCUAAUAUCAGCAUGCGAGAUGACUGUCGAGCAAUCAGAGCAGUCAAGCAACAUAGGUGCAGCCUUUGAACUUAAAGAGAAGGAUCGAAUCUACGUUGCAACUUCCCAUCCAUAUAAUAUCGUCUCCGGUCCUGGAAGAGAUCAUUUUAUCAUUCAUAAGCUGUAAAAUCUAUGCUGUAUCUACGCUGCACGGAACUUCACGUGCAAUAUUACGCAUAAAAGAAAAGAAACAUUUUAUGAUUGUUUUUAAGAUUGUUAUUACCUCUUGAAGCAAAUCUGUGAUAAAUUUUUACGUUUAUCUGUUGUUGAAUAUUUACAUGUUAUGUAUGUUAGGCAGAUUUUUUUCAUAUACUUUUGUAUUCAUUAUAUUCCUUGUUUGCCAACAAUCUAUAAGUCAUAUAAUCUCACUUGUAAGAUCAUACCAGUAUUUCGUUAGAAUUCUGAAACAGGCGUUUGAAAAAAGCGCAGUUAUUAGUAAAUCAGAAAAAUUUAAACUGGAAUCAAGCUAUUAACAAUGAUUUAUUCAACAUUACCAGUCUAAAAUUUUGGAAAAUAUUUCACUAUCAAAAACAACUAAACAUAAAUGAAAUAAGUAGUAUUUACACUUUAAGCUUUAAGCCAAUCACAAUUGUUAAAUGGGGAUCCUUAUUUUAAAUAUUGAGUUUUUAUUUUUUAUCAGAUUACGCUCAGCUGUGUUUAAAGUUUUGCCGUUUCUUAUAUAUUUCUCAUUCUACUUUGGUUUUCUUCAUAAUUCUCCUAUUUUAGAUUUUAUGGUUUUGGGUCUCCAGCCCUUUCAGAUAAAUUAACUUUUUAGUGUUAUUAGAAUUGACACAAGUCCGUCUCGACGGAUCGGGAUUUGUUUUAAAUCAACCAUACCGACAGAAGCAUUCUUAUUUUUUGUUGAACUUGCUUUCAGUACAUGUUGUCAAGAGGCCUUAAACAACAUCAGUUAAAUCAAAUAAACUCAGCUCAUAAGA